CCCUCCGCGUCUCUCACCAACCCACCCGGCUUUGGAGUUUAUAAAGGCGACGACAGCGACCAGAGGUCCUGGCUGCAGGAUUAAUUCCCAGAAGGGGACGGAUCGACACCUGGAUUUUACCUUCCGAUUUCUGCUGGUGCUCGGGGGAUAUUUAGAAGAGCGGGUUGCUCCAGGAGAAUCGCCGUGUCGCCUCUCUUUUCUCCCUCGACUGAGAAGCACUUGCUUGGACCAUUUGAGGAAUACAAGAGGAAAACUAAACCCACUAAGAACUGGAAGCUUGAAUAACACAAGGAUGACAGCCUUGCGCAUCUUUGGCUUGACGUUUCUGUUAAUGAUUUUGCAGCAGAGGGUAUCCGGCUCUGGCGUCUUCCAGCUGGAGCUACACGAAUUCGUGAAUAGCCACGGGUUUCUGGCCAGCGGGAAGCCCUGCUCCCCCCAUUGCAGGACCUUCUUUCGCGUUUGUUUGAAGCAUUUUCAGGCAGUGGUCUCUCCGGGAUCCUGCACUUUCGGCAGCAUCAUCACCCCGGUUCUGGGAAUAAACUCCUUCAGCAUCAAGGAUACAGAGAGAUUUGACAGCCUCAUUAAGUUGCCCUUUAACUUCACGUGGCCGGGCACCUUCUCCCUGAUCAUCCAGGCCUGGCAUGCGCCCGCCAACUACCUGCCCGAAGUCUCCCGGCCGCCCUCGGAGGAGUGGCUCAUCAGCCAAGUGUCGAUCCAGAGGCCGCUGUCGGUGGGCGAGGGGUGGUCGCAGGACGUGCAGAGCAGCCAGCAGACCCAGCUGCGUUACUCCUACCGCGUGGUCUGCAGCGAGAACUACUACGGCGAGAGCUGCUCCCGCCUCUGCAAGCGACGCGACGACCGCUUCGGACACUACGUCUGCGAGGCCGACGGCAGCCUGGCCUGCCUGCCCGGUUGGACCGGCGAGUACUGCACCGAGCCCAUCUGUCUGUCUGGAUGCACUGAACAGAAUGGAUACUGCAACAAGCCCGGGGAGUGCAUCUGCCGUCCGGGCUGGCAGGGCCGCUACUGUGAUGAAUGCAUUCCCCACAUAGGCUGCCGCCACGGGACCUGUAAAACACAGUGGCAGUGCAUAUGUGAUGAAGGAUGGGGUGGCCUCUUCUGUGAUCAAGAUCUGAACUACUGCACUCACCACAGACCUUGCAAAAAUGGAGCAACUUGCAUGAACACUGGGCAGGGCAGCUAUACGUGUUCAUGCAAACCCGGCUUCACCGGCGUGGACUGCGAGCACGAGAUCAGCGAGUGUGACAGCAAUCCCUGUAGGAAUGGUGGCAGUUGCACGGAUAUGGAGAAUGGUUACCACUGCCUCUGCCCCCCUGGCUACUAUGGCACCCACUGUGAGCACAGUGCUUUGACGUGUGUGGAUUCCCCGUGCUUUAAUGGUGGCACAUGCUUGGAAAAAGAACAAGGGGCCAGCUACACCUGUGUGUGCCCUUUCGGCUUCACGGGGUCAAAUUGUGAAAAGAAAGUAGACAGGUGCACAAGCAACCCGUGUGCAAAUGAUGGUAAUUGCUUUUACCUUGGUCAGAUUCGUGUAUGUCGUUGUCGGCCUGGUUUCUCUGGUCAAAAAUGUGAGAUAAACAUCAAUGAUUGUGCCAGAAACCCAUGUUCCAACGGAGGGACUUGUCACGACCUGAUCAACGAUUACACCUGCACGUGCUUGCCAGGCUACAGUGGCAGGAACUGUGACAUCAAAACCAGGGAUGAAUGUGCUUCUGGGCCCUGUGAGAAUGGAGGCACGUGCUACAGUGGACUUUAUAGUGCCAACUUUGUCUGUUACUGUCCCUCUGGCUUCAUGGGCAACCGCUGUGAACUGCCAGUUUAUUCAGUGCCCGUCACACUUCCUCCUAAACCAGUCCCCUGGAUUGCUAUAUCCAUGGGGGUGGGUCUGGUGGCUUUGCUCAUCCUGUUCUGCAUGAUAGCAAUGGUCAUCAGGCAGAUGAGGAUGCACCCAGAGCAGGACUUGGAGACAAUGAACAACCUGUCUGACUUCCAGAAGGACAAUCUCAUUCCAGCUUCCCAGCUGAAAAACACCAAUAAAAAUAAAGACCUCGAAGUAGACUGUGGGCUGGAGAAAUCAAACUACAAACCCAAGAAUCAUAAACUGGACUACAAUCUGGUAAAAGACCUGACAAGUAGAGGGACCCAGGAAGAUAAAUAUUACAAAAGUGAAAAAUGUUUAGGAGAAAAGUCUCCCCUUCGGCUACACAGUGAAAAGCCAGAAUGUAGAAUAUCAGCAAUAUGCUCUCCAAGAGAUUCAAUGUACCAGUCUGUCUUCGUGAUAACAGAAGAAAGGAAUGAGUGCAUCAUAGCCACAGAGGUAUAAGACUGAAGAUCAGCCCAUUUGCACCUCAGAUUUGGUAAUGCCAGUAGAUGGACGUUCCUGCUGCAUUGUUUACAAUUCAGAACUGGAUUGGACUGUUUUUAAUUACAUGCAACUUGCUGCUCUCAGGCGGAGGAUGGAACUGGGUGAACUGGACAGACUGUGAAUUUACUGAAAGAUGCAAUACACCUUUGUGUUCUUAUUGCCCUUAUUUCAAGUUUGACACCAGAAAUCUCACUUGCUAUAGAAGAGGGGAGGCAGAGGGAAGAGAGAGGGGUUAAAAAUACUGUUUUAAUAUGUUUUUAAAAGAUACUGAGGCCAGUUCCUCACGGACAGACCCCUGGCUUUCCAGAACUCUUAUUUAUGGGAGGUGCCAGUAGAUGAGGAGGCACUUCAGUAUCACAGAUGUUGCCAUGGAAAGUGUGAAGAAAGACACAUUGCUAUGCAGAUGAUGGAUACAGUAUAAACGAGGUCUCUUUUUUUUGUUUUUUUUGUUUUUUGUUUUUUUUUUGUUCUGAGUUUAAAAGUGCCUAAAAUGUGUCAAGUGAAUCUAACAAGCCCAAACAGAGACUUGACUGCUCUUUUUGCAGUUACCUGAACAGAAUUGGGCAGGCACGGUUGAUACUUCCCCAUUAUUCAUCUGUUUGCAUCUCCUCUCUCCUGCUGCAUGUACUGGAGACAGUGUAAGGAGUGAGAGGAGGAAUUCACAUAAUCUCAUUUGGUGAUGCUUAUGAGAUCUGACUGACUCAAGCCACAAUAUGGGACAGGAUUUUUGUGGAUUUAAACAUUCAAGAAGGAAAAGUUGUGAUAAGGAAUGUGUACUGCCUCUUGCCCACUGACAAGGAGGAGGCAUGAUCCCAGCUCUAUUUAAAGCCUUACAAAUGCGUUUAAAAUCAAUCAGCUCCUAAAACCUUUAUGUGCUGAGCUGCCUAAGCUGUUUUCAUGCCCUUUGCACUACCAGUGAUUGUGAAUAGACAUUGCUUUUUAUUUCUCCUUCCUCAUUCUCUCCUCCCCACUCACCUUCCCCCUGCCCUGCCUCUCCCCCCUCCCUGCCCCCCACCUCCCCCCCGGCCUUAUUUUAACACAAAUUUGGGGGGUUAUGUCGUGUUUCUGAAUUAGGUGCCACCUUCUACUGCAAAUAGUCUAAAUAUUUCAGAUGCUACUUUCUGAAGGAGAAGUGUGGCCCUCCCACUUCUCCAUCAGGUUGCAAAACUCCAACUCCUGCCCUCCAUCCCGGUUCCAAAUGCCCAGCAACAAAGCACCCACUGAGAUGCCCUCUGCCAAGACAGGUAGAGAUUAGUCAGAAGGUUCUAGGCUUGUCCUGUUUCUUUCAAACCCAUCCACAGCUACACGGAAAAAAGGGGAGACAUACCCCUGGAAACCAGAGGAAUGAAGGAGCUCUUUUCUUAUAUAUAUGUAUUUACAGCAAUAAUAUUUGAGACCUCAGUGAGAAGUGUUGUGACACUAAGGAGAUGAGACCAUGAGGUGGGGCAGACUGACGAGGGAAGAAACAAGAUCUCUUGGAAGAAACCUGGACCAUGUUAUCUGUCAGACAGCAAUAUUCCUGCCCUUGUAAAUCCUGUUGUUGGACUAGCCCAUCUACUGCCUUGAACUGUGCAGACAAGACCCCUUUAUAAUGUCCACUACUGACCUUCUGCUCUGACCACAUAGGACCAUUUUGAAGAUGACCUUCAGAAAUCAAUAAUAUGGGUUUUAGUUUGUCUGUUUGUAGUUUAUUUUGAAGACUAGUAUUUCAGUAAUUUAAAAAAAAAUCAGAAGCACUGAACUUUCUACGUUUUAUAACAUUAUUUUGUAUAUAAUGUAUAUUUAUAAUCAAAACAGAAGUGUAAAUAUGUUUAUUACUUCUCAUGUAAUGUUUUUAAUGUGAUGACAAAGUCUGAAUUUUAUUUUUUUUUCAAGCAAUGAAAAUACUUUCC